CUCCGCACUUUCGACCACUGUCUCUAUUCUAAUACUUUUGCGGCACUCCAUCUGCUCCUGACUGAUUUUGUUAUCGUUGUUGCCGGUCGUCUCUAUUGCAGUCAAAAGGUAGAACUUUUUACAAUCAUGGAAGCACUCAAUCCAAUUUCUGCAGUACAACCUAGCUUAUGUUACUUGGACGUUUGCUCAAAAUCUGCAGGAGCGGAAACUGUUGAUCGGAGGCCGAACUUGGCAGCUCAAGGGAGGAAAAAGAGAAGGAGAAAAGCGAGGGUUUGCAAGGACAAAGAGGAGGCUGAGACACAAAGAAUGACUCACAUUGCUGUUGAGAGGAACAGGCGAAAGCAAAUGAAUGAGCAUCUGGCUGUUUUACGCUCCCUUAUGCCUGAAUCUUAUGUCCAUAGGGGUGAUCAAGCAUCCAUAGUUGGUGGUGCUAUAGAGUUUGUGAAGGAACUUGAGCAUCUUCUGCAAACCCUUGAAGCUCAAAAGCUUCGAGUACUGCAUCAAGUAAGACCAGCUGAUGCCAAUGAAUUAGAAACCACCAACUCCAUAUUGCUAUCACCACCAUUUGCACAUUUUUUCAUGUAUCCUCAGUACACCUGGUCUCAGAUCCCUAAUAAAUAUACAUCAAAGACUAAGGCAUCAAUAGCUGAUAUUGAGGUGACAUUGAUCGAAACUCAUGCUAAUCUCCGAAUUCUCUCACGAAAAGGUCCCAGGCUGCUUUCCAAGAUUGUUACUGGUUUUGAGUCACUUUACCUUUCCAUCCUCCACCUAAAUGUCAUAACCGUGGAUCCAUUAGUUCUCUACUCUAUCAGUGCCAAGGUUGAAGAAGGAUGCCAACUCAGUUCAGUAGAUGACAUAGCAGGGGCAGUUCACCACAUGCUCGGAAUAAUUGAGGAAGAUGCUACUGCCUUAUGUUGAUCAACUUUGUGCUAGCUACCCAAAUUACUUUUUGGUUUAUGGUCAAAUCACCAAAAAGCUACCACUUUUUUCUUUAUUUUUUAGGGUUUUUUAGAGGAUUGUUUAAAGUUUCUGUAUUUUAGUUUUUGCCGUUCCUGUAUGUACGUUGCUUGAGUCAAUGAAAUGUGGUGUGUUUUGAUGUUCAUCUAGUAAAUGAAGUAUGGAUGUUUAGUAUUGGGUGUGUUUGAACUAUAAACUUU